AAAAGUCCCUAAAAGUCCUCAAAAGCCCCGCCGACCAGGGCUGAGAUCCCACUCCGCUGUAUUUUCCCCUUGAUCGGCACCGAUGGUCUGCCGAAAAAAAGUCCAGAAAAAGUCCCAAGGCAGUAGCACACAAAGUCCGACGCCCCAACAUGAGAACCCCACAGUCACCACUAUACGGAGCUGGCGCGUGUCAAGCGCCCGAAAGCGGUAAUGCUCGAACGCAGUCGACGACCACAAAGUCCGCAAAUAUGCUGAACUGUCCAGAGUACCAAAAGCAUCGUCUUGCCAAGAAGAAGGCGACAGACUUCCCGGAGCCCGGAGGCCAGGUAGUGAUUUGUUGGUGCCGUGUUGCUACAGUGUCCCGCUCCAGAAGUUCCCAUGGCGAAGCCAUGGUCAGCAAGCCUUAUAGCAGUGCAAGACGCUCUGGCGACAAGUAACGGCAACGACAUGCAUAUAUAAGUCGGGUCUCAUUCCCUGCUUCAUGGGCUUGGCCAAAAUACCCGAGCAUCAAAGUGUUUUCCAGAAUAUUUCCAGCCUGCGAACCGCCUUACACAUCCAAGAAUAGUGAGUGUUUGUACACUGGCAUCAACCUCGACCCUCGCGUACGGCCUUCCAACACAAGUUACGGACCUUCCCUCCCACGCUGAGGCACUCGUUUUCCUCGGGAGCAGCAACACCAAGUUUCGACGCAUCGCAGCAGUGUGCCUGCAAAGUCUUGAAAUAAUGAAGUUUGAGGAGCAACGCAAGACUGCCAACUUUCCUACCGAGGAGAGGAUUUUCGACGCAGUUCAAGAUGGAAAGAAAGACGACACGCAAAGAAAACGCAGUCGAAACACGGCAAUGCUAAAACGGUGGCUGGAAGAAACACCCAAGGAGGAAGCUUUCCACGGGCUUCAUCUUGCACAAGACGAACAUGUUGCGGAAAACGACUCGAGGCUGUGAUGGUGCAUUUUUGGGAAAUCUGCCGACCACUCAGCUUUGCAAGGAUUGCAGCGCAAGUUGAGUUUACCGCUGAUGGACAAAGAGGAUCUGGAUCGUUCAGCCAAGGAAAUGCACAACCGCAACCCCAAGCUACAUACCGUACUUAGGUACCCGGUACUAGGUACCUAGAUACCUACCGACCCAGGUACCCAGGUACCUAUGUAGCUCAAUACAACCUUGGCACAUACGGCAGCUCGCCCACAUCCGCCCC